AGACCAGUCGUACGCGCGAAGCAAUUCAUAUCAGUAGAGACUAGACCCGGUGCUAGUAAACUUCAUUCUAUAUUUUACAUUCUACUUAUUUUAUUUUAUUUUAUUUAUUGAUAUAAUUCAUUUUAUUAACUCACAUGUUGAUAGGCUUAUCUCCUUUCAAUAAUUAUUUCAUCACGUAAUUUUAUGUAUGAAUAAAAUAAGUAUUUAUUGUAACGAUUCGAGAUAAUUCUUAUCUGUUAAAUCAAUCAAUUAUUUAAUUUUUUGCGGUAACAUUAAAAAAAAUUUUACAUUAAUUAUUAAGGUGCUAAAUAUGGUAUCUAAACGUUCUGUUCCUAAUGAAAUUUUCGUCAACAGAAGUCUCCAUUUAGAGAACAUUAAAUUUUAUGGAUUUGAUAUGGACUAUACUCUAGCGGAAUAUAAAUCACCUCAGUACGAGCAAUUGGGUUUUGAUUUACUUAAAGAGCGCCUAAUUUCCCUGGGCUACCCGCAAGAGAUACGUGCUUUUGAAUAUGAUCCGAGUUUUCCAGUUCGAGGAUUAUGGUUUGAUACACAAUAUGGUAAUCUUCUUAAAGUAGAUGCUUAUGGAAAUAUUCUUGUUUGCGUUCAUGGGUUUGAAUUUUUAAAGCACUCUCAAGUAUACGAAUUGUAUCCUAAUAAAUUUCUCCAGUUAGAUGAAUCACGUGUUUACGUGUUGAACACGUUAUUCAAUUUACCAGAAACCUACUUGCUAGCAUGUCUCAUAGAUUUUUUUACCAAUUCGCCCCAGUUCUCGCGUGAGAAAACGGGAGUAAAAGAGGGUGAGCUUACAAUGAGUUUCAAGAGUAUUUUUCAAGAUGUAAGAAAUGCAGUUGACUGGAUACAUAUUCAAGGGGAUCUAAAAUCAAAAACUAUUGAAAAUCUUGAUGAAUAUGUUAAAAAGGACGAAAGAUUGCCAAUGUUUUUAACUAGGAUACGCGAAAGUGGCGCUAAAGUUUUUCUCCUUACAAACAGCGACUAUAAUUUUACUAAUAAAAUUAUGACUUAUUUAUUUGAUUUUCCACAUGGUGCAAGGCCCCAUGAGCCUCACAGAGAUUGGAAAACUUAUUUCGAUACUAUAGUAGUUGACGCUAACAAGCCAUUAUUUUUUGGUGAAGGCACUAUUUUACGACAAGUCAAUACAAAAACCGGCGCGUUAAAGCUAGGAACCCACAAAGGACCACUUCACACUGGUGAAGUCUAUUCAGGUGGAUCAUGCGAUGUUUUUACUGAAAUGAUCGGAGCUAAGGGAAAAGACGUUCUCUACAUCGGAGAUCACAUUUUUGGAGAUAUUUUAAAGAGUAAAAAAAUCCGCGGUUGGAGAACUUUUCUUAUUGUCCCUGAAUUGGUUCAAGAAUUACACGUCUGGACUGAUAAAUGUCAAUUAUUCGCAGAAUUACAAAAUCUUGAUGUUAUGCUCGGAGAAAUGUACAAAAAUUUAGACAGUAGUACUAAUGAAAAGCCUGAUAUUUCGAAACUACGGGCUUCUAUUAGAGAUGUUACGCACAAAAUGGAUUUGGCUUAUGGUAUGAUGGGCUCAUUGUUCAGAAGUGGAAGUAGACAAACAUUUUUCAGCAGUCAAGUUGUUAGAUAUGCUGAUCUUUACGCAGCGACCUUUCUUAAUCUUAUCUAUUAUCCGUUCUCAUACAUGUUUCGUGCGCCGGCAAUGCUAAUGCCACAUGAAAGCACAGUUGCUCACGAGCAACGCUUUGUUAUGGAAACUCCAAUGAUCAGUAGAUCUCGGACGUUCAAACUCAACGAUGAAGAUGAGGAACAAAACGCUAUUAUGGCUAAGUCUUUUGAAACAGAAAUCAAUCCGAUUCCGCAUGCGAGACCAGAAACACCUCGCAAUGUCACUCACACACACGAUGAAGAUUGUAGUGACGAGGACAGUGACUCUCAGAAACAAAAUCCGUCAAGAUCAUCAAAAAAAAUCGAUAGUAAUUCAUAAAAAAACUAAAGUUACAAACAAUACAUCGUUUUUGAAGUAUCUACUUGUUUGAG